UAGCCUUCCCUCAGAAGUAGUAGCAGCAGCGGCAGACUGCUCCUUCCCUGGCUUACUUCACCUUUUAUCAUGGCGGGGAGGGUCAUAUCUUACCUCUGAGCCCCCAUCUCCCAAACUGCGAUACUGGAGAUACGAGGACACAACGAGUCCCAUGCGGAGCGGACCACCAAGCGACUUUUAGCGCAGAUUGGCGUGAGCACAUAGCUGGCGGCUGUCAUGGCAGCGUCGGAGCUGUACACAAAGUCCGCUCGGGUGUGGAUCCCAGACGUAGAAGAGGUGUGGAAGUCUGCUGAGCUGACCAAGGACUACAAAAAUGGCGACAGCUCUCUGCAGCUUAUGCUGGAGGAUGGCUCGAAACUUGAGCACAAACUGGACCCCAAAACGAAGAAUCUACCCUACUUGCGUAACCCUGACAUUCUGGUCGGCGAGAAUGACCUCACGGCGCUCAGCUACCUCCACGAGCCGGCUGUGCUGCACAACCUUAAAGUCCGCUUCAUCGACUCAAAGCUCAUCUAUACUUACUGCGGAAUCGUUUUGGUGGCCAUCAACCCGUACGAGACACUGCCUAUCUACGGUACAGACAUCAUCAACGCUUACAGUGGCCAGAACAUGGGCGACAUGGACCCACACAUCUUUGCUGUGGCAGAGGAGGCUUACAAACAAAUGGCCAGGGACGAGAGGAACCAGUCUAUCAUUGUAAGUGGAGAGUCCGGGGCGGGAAAAACAGUGUCGGCCAAGUACGCCAUGAGAUACUUUGCCACGGUCAGCGGCUCAGCCAGCGAGGCCAACGUAGAGGAGAAAGUGUUGGCGUCUAACCCCAUCAUGGAGGCCAUCGGAAAUGCUAAGACGACUCGCAACGACAACAGCAGCCGCUUUGGGAAGUACAUCGAGAUUGGCUUCGACAACCGCUACAGAAUCAUUGGUGCUAACAUGAGGACGUAUCUUCUGGAAAAAUCCAGAGUGGUGUUUCAGGCGGAAGAGGAGAGGAAUUAUCAUAUAUUUUAUCAACUCUGUGCGUCAUCACAUCUGCCCGAGUUCAAGAAUCUCAAACUAAGCCACGCAAACAACUUCUUGUACACCUGGCAGGGCCACAGCCCUGUGAUCGACGGGGUGGACGACACAAAGGAGCUCUGCACCACUCGCCAUGCCUUCUCGUUGCUUGGUAUCAACGAGUCCUAUCAGAUGGGAUUGUUUCAGGUUCUGGCAGCUAUUCUUCAUCUUGGAAACGUGGAGAUAAAGGACAGGGAUUCAGAUAGCAGCAUCAUCCCACCCAAGAAUAAUCACCUGACCGCGUUCUGCGAUCUGGUUGGCGUCACCUAUGAAGACAUGGCUCAGUGGCUGUGCCACAGGAAGCUGAAGACGGCCACCGAGACUUACAUCAAGACGCUCCCUCGCCUUCAGGCCACCAACGCCCGAGACGCGCUGUCCAAACAUAUCUACGCCAAACUCUUUAACUGGAUUGUGGAGCACGUCAAUAAGGCGCUAAUCACCAAUAUCAAGCAGCACUCCUUCAUCGGCGUCCUCGAUAUUUACGGGUUUGAGACAUUUGAAAUCAACAGCUUUGAGCAGUUCUGCAUCAACUACGCCAAUGAGAAGCUCCAGCAACAAUUCAACAUGCACGUGUUCAAGCUAGAGCAGGAGGAGUACAUGAAAGAGCAGAUUCCCUGGACUCUCAUCGAUUUUUACGACAAUCAGCCCUGCAUCAACCUCAUUGAAGCCAAGAUGGGCGUCCUGGACCUGCUGGAUGAGGAGUGCAGGAUGCCUAAAGGCUCAGAUGAUUCAUGGGCUCAGAAGCUGUACAACACCCACCUGAAGACGUGCUCUCUAUUUGAGAAGCCGCGCAUGUCAAAUCGUGCUUUCAUCAUCCAACACUUCGCUGAUAAGGUUGAAUACCAGUGUGACGGUUUCCUGGAGAAGAACAAGGACACGGUGAAUGAAGAACAGAUCAAAGUGCUUAAGGCCAGCAAGUUCAACUUGUUAGUGGAGCUGUUCCAGGAUGAGGAGAAAGCUACCAGUCCCUUGGGUCCUCCCGCCGGAGCAGGAGGCAGGACCCGUCUCAGCAUCAAACCUGACAAGAGCCGGGAUACCAGCAGCAAAGAGCACAAGAAGACCGUCGGCUGUCAGUUUCGUAACUCCCUUCAAAUGCUCAUGGAGACUUUGAACGCGACCACUCCACACUACGUCCGUUGCAUCAAACCCAAUGACUUCAAACAGGCAUUCUCGUUUGAUCCGAAACGUGCAGUGCAACAGCUCAGAGCCUGUGGCGUCCUGGAGACAAUCCGCAUAUCUGCAGCAGGUUUCCCAUCCAGAUGGACGUACCAGGAGUUCUUCAGCCGGUACCGAGUGCUAAUGAAACAGAAAGAUGUCCUCCCUGAUAAAAAGCUGACCUGCAGGAAUGUAUUGGAGAAGCUAGUCCAGGAUCAGGAUAAGUACCAGUUUGGUAAGACUAAGAUCUUCUUCCGGGCCGGGCAAGUGGCCUACCUCGAGAAGCUGAGAGCAGACAAGCUGCGCGCCGCCUGCAUCCGCAUUCAGAAAACCAUCCGCUGCUGGCUGGCUCGCAAGAAGUACCUGCGCAUGCGUAAUGCCGCCAUCACCAUCCAGCGGUUCACCAGAGGAUACCAAGCUCGCUGCCUGGCGAAGUUCAUGCGUCGCACUCAGGCCGCGACAGUCAUUCAGAAGUACCAGAAGAUGUACGUGGCGAGGAAACGCUACAGGCAGAAGCAGACCGCCGCUCUGGCCAUACAGACCAUCCUCAGAGCUUACAUGGCCCGGCAGAAGUACCAGGCGCUCCUGCGAGAGCACAAGGUGGUGAUCAUCCAGAAGCACGCUCGCGGCUGGUUGGCUCGCCGCUGGUACAAGCGCUGCCUCCACUCCAUCGUCUACCUGCAGUGCUGUAUACGCAGGAUGAGAGCCAAACGCGAACUGAAGAAGCUCAAGAUCGAAGCCCGCUCCGUGGAGCAUUUCAAGAAACUCAACAAGGGCAUGGAGAACAAGAUCAUGCAGCUCCAGAGGAAGAUCGACGAACAGACGAAGGAAAACCGCACCAUCAACGAGAAGCUCGUUGGUUUGGAGAGCUCCUACACAACAGAGAGCGAGCGGCUGCGUGGCGAGCUGGGCCGACUGCGUGGUGUGGAGGAGGAUGCCAAGUGCAAAGGCAACCAGGUGAACUCUCUCCUGGAGGAGCUGGAGAAGCUGAAGAAGGAGCUUAGUACCACGCUGCAGGAGAAGAAGACCAUUGAGGACUGGGCGCAAACAUACAGGGACGAAAUGGAGAAAAUGGUGACCGAACUAAAGGAUCAGAACGGCUCGCUGAAGAAAGAGAAGGACGACUUGAACAGGUUGAUUCAGGAACAGAGUCAGCAGAUGACAGAGAAAAUGGCUCGUACUAUUGCAGCGGAGACUCAGCAGCUGGAGAAGGAUCUGAACGAGGAGCGCUCUCGCUACCAGAAUCUUUUGACAGAACACCUUCGCCUCGAGGAGAAAUACGACGACCUCAAAGAGCACAUGUCCAAGCCUGGUCACCGGAGAACAGAUUCCACCCACAGCAGCAACGAAUCAGAGUACACCUACAACUCAGAGUUCGCCGAAUCGGAAGAAGGUUCCCGUGCCGCAGAAGAUUUGACGCGAGGAAUGGAUACCUCACUCACGCUCAAGCUGCAGAAGAGACUUACAGAACUGGAGCAAGAAAAGCAGUCGCUACGCAAUGAGCUUGAAAACAAGGAGGAGCAGUUUCAGCGGGCUAGAGCCAGGGAUGAGACAGAGUUCAAAAAGGCUCGUGGGGCUGAGUUGGAGUACGAGUCCCUCAAGCGUCAGGAGCUGGAGUCUGAGAACAAGAAGCUGAAACACGACCUGGCCGAGAUGAGAAAAAGCCUACUGGGCGACGCGGCCGCAAGCGCCGGCGCCCCAGGCUCCCCUGCUUACAAGGUGCUCCUGGAUCAGCUCAACGCCUCUUGCGAGGAGCUGGAGGUACGCAAGGAGGAGGUGCUCAUCCUGCGUUCGCAGUUGGUCAGCCAGAAGGAAGCUAUGCAGCACAAGGAUGAGAAGGAGACCAUGACCGAGGUGGCUGUUCAUGUUGAGGAUGUUUCCAAACUGAAGGAUGCUGAUGAACUCAAGCAAGCCUACAUCGGCCUCAAAGACACCAACAGAUCUCACAGGUUUGCUUCUAAGCGGCUAGAAGUGAAAGAUCUCUUGAGUAGGCUCAGAUCGGCUGCCCCAGACUUCCAAAAGCUGAAUGAGGAUGGAGAGCUGUGGCUGGUUAAUCAGGGCUUAAAGGAGACCAUCAGACUGCUGGAGCACCAGCUGCAGACUCAGCGACGGAGUUAUGACAGCGAGGUGGAGUCUCUGCGCGGUGAGCUGCAGAAUGUCAAGGAGGAGAACAACCGGCAACAGCAGCUUCUGGCUCAGAACCUCCAGCUGCCCCCGGAGGCCCGUAUCGAAGCCAGUCUGCAGCACGAGAUCACCCGACUCACCAAUGAGAAUCUGGAGCUGGUGGCCGAUGACCCCACAGCAUCCAGAGAGGCGCGAGUCCUCAUUUUACGCCGGAUGGUUGAUCUCAUGGAGCAGCUAGAGAAGCAGGACCGAACCAUCCGCAAGCUCAAGAAGCAGCUGAAGGUCUACUCCAAGAGGAUUGGAGAGAUGGGAGCGGGUCAAGCCGAGGGUCAGACGUCCCCAGGACAGAUGGUGGACGAGCCCAUCCACCCUGUCAACAUUCCUCGCCGGGAGAAAGACUUCCAAGGAAUGCUGGAGUACAAGAAGGAGGAUGAGCUCAAACUGGUCAAGAACCUGAUCAUUGAGCUGAAGCCUCGCGGUGUAGCCGUCAAUCUGAUCCCUGGUCUGCCUGCCUACAUCCUCUUCAUGUGUCUAAGACAUGCCGACUAUGUCAAUGACGAUCAGAAGGUCCGCACCCUCCUCACGUCCACCAUCAACAGUAUCAAGAAGAUCCUCAAGAAACGAGGAGACGACUUUGAGACGGUGUCCUUCUGGCUGGCCAACACCUGCCGUUUUCUGCACUGUCUGAAGCAGUACAGUGGAGAGGAGGCCUUCAUGAAGCACAACACGUCAAGGCAGAACGAGCACUGCCUGUCCAACUUUGACCUGGCCGAGUACAGACAGGUGAUCAGUGACCUCGCCAUCCAGAUCUACCAGCAGCUCAUCAAAUGCAUGGAGAACAUCCUCCAACCCAUGAUAGUGUCGGGAAUGCUGGAGCACGAGACCAUCCAGGGCGUGUCGGGAGUGAAGCCGACCGGUCUUCGCAAGAGGACAUCCAGCAUCGCCGACGAGGGCACCUACACGUUGGACUCCAUCCUGCGGCAGUUGAACGCCUUCCACUCCACCAUGUGUCAGCAUGGCACCGACCUUGAGCUCAUCAAGCAGGUGGUCAAGCAGCAGUUCUACAUCAUUGGCGCCGUCACCCUCAACAACCUGUUGCUGCGUAAGGACAUGUGCUCCUGGAGCAAAGGCAUGCAGAUCAGGUACAACGUGAGCCAGCUGGAGGAGUGGCUCCGUGACAAAGGUUUGAUGAUCUGCGGGGCCAAGGAGACGCUGGAACCUCUCAUCCAGGCCGCCCAGCUGCUGCAGGUCAAGAAGAAGACUGAUGAGGACGCCGAAGCCAUCUGCUCCAUGUGCUUGGCUCUCACCACUGCACAGAUUGUGAAGGUCUUGAACCUCUACACUCCAGUUAAUGAGUUUGAGGAGAGGGUGUCGGUCGCUUUCAUCCGAACCAUACAGACACGCUUACGAGAUCGUUGCGAGAGUCCGCAGUUGUUGAUGGACACCAAGAUGAUCUACCCCAUCACCUUCCCUUUUAGUCCUUCCUCCCUCGCUCUGGAAACCAUCCAGAUCCCCAGCUCGCUCAACCUGGGCUUCCUUACACGUGUCUAAGUAGAUCACACACACACAUUGCGCACACACAUUGAAAUCCAUCCAGAGGGGAGUACCGUGCAUGCUCCAUAUAUGCACACGUUGUUUUAUUCAUGCCAUGGGAUGAUGCUGAAGCUGCAGCGUGUACAUACAGAACCACCUCCCGCUUGUAUAAAACGCCACACUUGCUUCUUCUUUUACGCUCUUAAUCAACUCAGAGUCCAGCCAAGACGACAACUCAGCGUCUGUACCGUGUUAUUUAUGCACAUAUAGAUCAAAUAUAUAUAUAAAUAGGAACAAUACGUGUAUUUAUUGCAUUGUCUUUCCCCCCGCGUGCUGCAAGAUGCUUUUGGUUGCGUCGGUAAGCUGGUAGAGUAUGUCACAUGUUUUUUGUUUUUUUUGCACAUCUCAGUUCAACAAGUGUAGCACAGGUUGUCACUUGAGAGGCCAUCAGAACAUAAUCUGCUGUUAUUAUUUAUUAAGGUUUAUUUUCUUAUCAGUGAAAUAUGAGGCUUUUUUUUUUAGUGCCUCGAUCAGCUCUGUUUAAAGUCUCCUAUAUUUCAUCUCUCUGCCUUCUUAUGACCAAAAAAACACUUCAAGAUAUUAUUUUCUUUCUAUUUCCUGUUGCUGACACUUGAUGAUAUCUUCUGCGUGUGUUUGGCAGGACCUGUGUGGAUAAUUGUAAACUUAAAUGAGCGUACAACCGAUGCUGCAAUGCUCAGCUUUAAAAAAAAAAAAAAAAAGGCAGAAAUUGAACCUGCUUGCUACUGCUUUUUAUUUGUAUUUGCUAACCAUUGACCUGUUGCCUUGUUGUAUUUGCUUUGUUUACCCUUUUUGUGCCAUCAGUGUUAUAACCUCCUCCCUCGACUUGAAUCUCAUUUAGCCUAAAAAAAACCUUAGAGCCAUCGGUAUUGUGCUAAAAGCCAUAUGCUAGAGAUCAUGUUUUCGGUACCCUUCACCGCUAGAAUAGCAGUCAGUUACAAGCACAGAUGUACACCAAGGCCCAGUCGUCCUAGAAAUGCCUGUCUGAAAUGCAUCUUCUCUUGAUGCAAGUAGAAAAUCCACUCCUCUACAUGUCAAACUUUCAUCAAAAUACCUUUUGCUUAAUCCUAAUAACGAACAAACGGUGAUUAAAAAGCAAAUGAUGUCGUUCUGCUUUUGCCGAAACGCAUCUGAACCAAACUUUACUGUUUGGUGUAAACGGGUAUGACGGGAGAUACUUGAUGUUGUUUUAAUGCGGGAUUUAGACUCCAUAUAAGGAAUUUCAGUUACAAAGUGGACCACAUUCUCAAAACAAACUAGAAAAAGUUAGUUGUGAAGUGAUGAGAAUGACAAUUUAACAAGAAUCUAAGUGAAACAUAAAAGUUGUUGUCAUAUUAUGGGGAAAAAAGUUGUAAAGUUACAUGAAAACAAGUGUAAUUUUAUUUUUUGGGAUCUCUGUUUUCAUAAUAUUAGGACCUAACACUGUUAAAUGCUACUUUUUGACAAAUUUCGCCCAUCAUCCACAAUCUUUAUGUGAAACAAGAGCACCUUUUCUGUGCGUUCUGAAGAGGAAAAAAUACAGUUAGCAUGAGGUAGCUAACAAUGCACAUCAUGGGACACACCUAUUUUGACUAUAAAGCCCUCUAAAAAAAAGUCUCUAGCAAAGUUUAAUGUUUUAUAUAUUAUAUUAUUAUAUAUAUAUAUAUUCAUGUUACAUUGAUUUCACAUCUCAUGCAACCUCAGUGUCUGUUCGUCACUACUUAUCACAGUAGACUUUGUGAGAUCCGCAGCCGCAGAGUCAAACUUCAAAUGUGGCGCUUCCCAAGCCAUGCUGACAGAAAUGGAGUGUUCUGCCGCACUGAGUAGCAAACAUCUCGCAAAUGGAGUGAAGCGCUGUGUCACUACGCCAGAAAAAUAGUGCUUAUAGUUGGCUGCUACAAUGUCAAUGUCGUUGUAGCUUGGUUUAUAUCCAUGUCUGUUAUGUAAAUAGAAUAUUGUUGAGAGUUUUUUAAGGUUUUUUUUUUUUUUUAGGGCUUUAUAGGUGAAAUCGGCGUAUCCUGUUACAUGCAUUGUUAGCUGCCACAUGCUAGCUGUUUUUCGGUCUUUAGAACAGAAAAGACAAAUACGUGGUCAUGAUGUGCAUUGACAAAAAAUGAAAAAAAUGUUAGUUUUUCUUUAAAAGGCAGAAUUUUUCACAUUAAACGAUUCUUGUAAAAUAAAAUUACAACUUUUUCGUCAUAAUUUCCAAAAAAAAAAAUUUUUUUUGUAUGUAGCAUUUCAACUUCAUUCUCCAAAAUGAUGAUGGUUUUAUGAUGUUAAAGUUAAAUUCAAAACAUUGUUGUCUUAAAAUUGGCAAUUGCCAUUAAAAUGACGAUCGUUCUCACAGAAUUGCAACAUUUUCUCCAAAAAUUUAAAAUUUAUCAUCAUAUUAUGACCAGUUUUCUUGUAAAAUUGCAACAUUUUUUUCGACUUUAUUCUGGUAAUCAUGCCUUAAAUCCAUUAAUGGUAUGACUUUAAGCUUGUAUUCUUGCCCUCCAUGACCUCUGGCUACAGAUAACAGAAACAGUGAUUGAUGAAGAGAAGCGAGUAUUUGGAUCACUGACGUACGUGUGAAGAGAAUGAACGCUGCGGAUUGUAUUAACGAGCGAAAUAAACGAAGGACUUUGCCUCAUGAAUGUUUAUGAAAUGCUAUGUUUUUUGCGGACAAAGCCUUACAUGUGACAUAGUCGGCAAUGUUUUGUUCUCGGUGCAGUGUCUAUUUGGUGUCGAAAUGAAUAUGAAAUGUUAAAUGUCAUUUUUCUUUGAGAGGUGUGUAUUUGUGUCACAGACGGGUUGUAUUGCACACAGUCAAACGCACUUUUUUUUUUUAAACACAGCGGAGAAGAAGAAACUGUAUAAAGUGUCUGGAAAUGAAGGCUGGCCUACUUUCAGUGGAGGAAGAACACAUUCAUUGUUAAGCAGAGGUUUACUCCCCCCCUCCCAUUUAGGACAUCCCCCUCCCUUCACUCGGAGUCAGUGUGCCAUUUUUUUCCAAAAGAUGUGUCCACUGACAAGACAGAGAAGACACCAGCCGCUGUGAUUGUGGACACGUCGCUGACUCCCGACGUGUACGUUUUGAACAAACUUGGGACUGUUUGUAGUUUCUGGUAGCUGUGCUUUAGUGGACAUGUUCACUGUUUAAGAAACUUGGAAUAAAUUGUCAGUUCUGUACAAGUUUGAAAAAAGGAAAUAAUAAAAGAAUUCAAGCACUGUCA